GACACAUCCACAUCAUCGUUUUAGGUUAUGUAUUGUUAAUCGAAUAGAUACGUCAGUAAAAUUUUCAAAAACUAUAAAUUUUAUCGGUAUGAUAUUACCAAUAUAGUAAAAGGCUUUUGAAAAUAAUUAUUAGGACUAUCGCAACAUGAUUUAUUGGUAUUUCACUUUACUUACGUUUCUAUUAGUCGUUUUAAAUGUGUUCAGUUCCGAAAUAACUUUCGAACUACCCGAUAACGGAAAAGAAUGUUUUUUCCAGGAGAUUAAAGCCAAUACCACAGCCACGUUAGAGUUUCAGGUUGUUACAGGAGGCCAGUACGAUGUUGAUGUUACUUUACAAGACCCCUUGAAGCAAGUAAUCUAUCAGCAAGCCAAAAUGCAGUUCGAUUCGCACAGUUUUACAGCCCAAAGAACGGGAAUAUACAGUGCGUGCUUUAGCAAUGAGUUCUCGACAUUUUCACAUAAAAUUGUUUACAUGGACUUUCAAGUCGGUGAAGAAUCACCACUUCCGGGUAUAGGUGAUCAUGUAACAGCUCUUACACAGAUGGAAUCUUCAGCUGUCGAUAUCCACAAAUACUUAAAUUUAAUAAUAGACCUACAGACGCAUCAUAGGCUGCGUGAAGCUCAAGGUAGAAAAAGGGCGGAGGAUUUAAAUGAGAGAGUGCAGUGGUGGUCUAUAUUCGAAACAGUAGCAAUGAUAACUAUUGGCGUGACUCAGGUGUAUAUUUUAAAGAACUUUUUCAAUGAUAGAAAACCGUUUGUGGCUGGUCGCUAACGUUUUAAUUGGUUCCAAGGAGUUAGGAGUACUGUGUAAAUAAUUUAUUUAGAUGAGAGGUAUGAUAGAUUUUUCAUGUUGAAUUUUGUUUUAAAGUAUUCACAGAAAAUAAAAAAAAAUGUUCAUUCCAUUUGUGAAAACUUAAUUUUACAUAGCUUUUGUUUAGUUUAAACACAGGACUGAUAAAUAUGAGGCAAUUCUAAAGCUAUUUAAAUGUAAUUAGCUUAAUGUUCAACUUGGUGUGUAUGGUGAAAAUAUUAAAAAAUGAAUCACAAUUUGAA